AUGGGCUUCACCGACCUGCUCUCGGACUCUGGUCUUACUGUUCUUAACAGCUGGUUGGCCACUCGCUCCUACAUUGUCGGCUUCUCGCCGUCCCAGGCCGAUGUGGCCGUCUUCAAGGCCCUGAGCGCUGCCCCUGAGGUUGCCAAGUACCCGCACGCUGCGCGUUGGUACAAGCACCUCGUUAGCUACGAUGACGACUUCGCAACGCUUCCCGGUGAUGCGGCUAAGCCUUACACCGUCUACGGUCCUGAAGUCGUCGCUGCUACUCUGAACCCUGCCAAAGCCCCGGCUGCUGAGGAGGACGACGACGAUGUCAGCCUGUUCGGCAGCGACGACGAGGAGGAGGAUGCUGAGGCCGCCCGCGUCCGCGAGGAGCGUCUGGCUGAGUACCGCAAGAAGAAGGAGGCCAAGCCUAAGGUCGCCGCGAAGUCUGUAGUCAUCUUAGACGUCAAGCCCUGGGACGACGAGACCGACAUGGCUGCCCUUGAGGCUGCCGUGCGCGGCAUCGAGAAGGAUGGUCUGGUGUGGGGUACUUCCAAGUUGGUGCCUGUUGGUUUCGGUAUCAAGAAGCUGCAGAUCAACCUUGUCAUCGAGGACGAGAAGGUCAGCUUGUCCGACCUCGAGGAGGAGAUCCAGGAGUUCGAAGACUACGUCCAGUCGACGGAUAUCGCUACCAUGAACAAGCUUUAA